AUGCCAGGUCCCGUCAUUGAAGAAAUUGAGACCGAGAAAAAGGUUCAGAUGGAUGAGCCUGUGGUGGAGGACAUGAAGGACGAUGAGGACCACGAAGAUGACGCCGAGGACUCUGAUGAUGAGGACGAUGACAAGGAAGAUGGUGUUGCAGGGACAAAUGGAAGUUCUAAACAAAGCCGAAGUGAGAAGAAGAGUCGUAAGGCGAUGUUGAAACUUGGAAUGAAACCUGUUACUGGUGUUAGUCGUGUCACCAUUAAGAGAACCAAAAAUGUAUUGUUUUUCAUCUCAAAACCUGAUGUCUUCAAAAGCCCAAAUUCUGAGACCUAUGUCAUAUUUGGGGAGGCUAAGAUAGAGGAUUUGAGCUCUCAGCUACAGACGCAGGCUGCCCAACAAUUCAGGAUGCCAGACAUGAGUUCUAUGAUCGCAAAACCUGAUGCAUCUACUGCAGCUGCUGCCACACAGGCAGACGAGGAAGAGGAAGAGGAAGAGAUUGAUGAGACUGGUGUCGAGGCUCGUGACAUCGAUCUGGUCAUGACCCAAGCAGGGGUGUCGAGGAGUAAGGCCGUCAAGGCUCUCAAGACUCACAAUGGAGACAUAAUUAGUGAGACUGGGGAAAGCAGUGUUGCUGGACGGAUACCCCAGCCAACACUUGUUCAUGGGCAGCCGCAUGCACAGCAAAUACAGCAUGGAUCUGGAAAUGAGGGGAGUAAUGCACGCAUACAGGCUGUUUCUAACGGUAAUGGGCAGCAGGAAACAGUGAUGCGGCAGCCUCAAACUGAACGUGGACAGCCUCAAGAACGGACUGGACAGACUGGUGAAUCCUUCUCUGCUGUUUUUGGUGGAGCGGAGUCAAUCAGCACCGAUGCUUCACAGCCCUAUUAA